AUGGUCUUACUUGCGUCUGCAAAGAAGAAAGCUUGUCAGUUGCAGUACGAGGUGCGUUGGGUUGCCAUCUCACAGUACUACCACAUCUACCUGCAACAAAAGAUGACCAAAACUCAAGCACAGAGGCAAAAAAUUACCAUGAGCAGGGAGCAGUUCAUGAUGGUUGUUCCUCGUUGGUGCUAUGGAAGGCAUGAUGGAUGGGCGUGUUUGGUGGAUAGGUGGGUCGGUGACGAUCCAGAGUUUGUUGCCAAGAGCAUCAAGGCCCGGGCUAACCGUGGAAAAGACGGGACACACGGCCAAGGAAACAGGAACCACUGGGGCUUCAAGGCCAUGAAGGAGGACAAGUUGCAGAGGCCGCUCUCAGACAUGGAGUUGUGGAAGCUGGCCUGCGAGCGGAGUGAUCGCAAGGAGGGCGAGAGCCAAUGA